AUGAACCUCGCCUCUUCAGCCGGGUGUACGAUAUGCCGUCCAUACCAUAAUACUGAUUUAUUGGCCUGGCCGCUAGAAUGUUCUGAGCAGGCGAUUGCAACAACCUCCACGCCGUCCAAGACGGUGUGUUUGGCACAACCCAAACCAGACGAAUUACAUGUACAUCACAGUCUCCGUGGGCUUGAUUAUCGUCUCGCGUCUUGGCUUGGUCUGCCUCAUUUCCUUGGGUUGUCCACAAGUAGAAGGCGGACGAUGGGCCAGAAUACUUUAUUUGGCACAUUUGACUUGGACAGCAACGCUAAGAGGUCUGCGAUGGGCUGCCGUCUCUGUCCGCCAAGGUUAUCAGCCAGGCCCCCGUCAUCGUCUCCUUUGGUCGAGCUGCUCGUCGUCACGUACAGCUUGCAUUUCGAUAUUCCUCUUGAGCUGAAAAGUAUUGCGUAUGCAAAUCCACUACUGGUCCUUUCUGGUGCUGUCAGCUCAGCUGGCAAACAUAAUGUCUCCAUUCAAAACCAAGGUAUUCUUGGUUAUAUUCAAGUAUCCACGAACCUACAUAUCAAAUAG